UCGCAACGAAUCAUCAGUCUUUGAGUAGCAAUCGACAACGCAACACGGCGGAAGCUAAAGAUUAAAUUUAAAAAAAAACCGCUUGCAAGCAUUCGCAAAACAAGCGUGACAGCGUGCUCGGAAGAAGAAAGUUAAUCCAGGUCGUGAAAUGAAGUUAACCGGGAGGCUAGCGUGGUCUGUGGUGCUGUGCGUACUGUUGGGUUCCGGUGUAACGAUGGGUGGAUCUCUUCGCUGGUGGUUUCACCGUUGGUGGCUACUUAAUCGCCAUCCCCAAAUCGCAGGCAGUCUCAUCUUCGAGGAUUGUGGUACGAAAUACGAUGUUAUCGCCAUCCAUCUAUCCAGCUGCACUACUUCACCGUGCACCAUGACGCGGGGAACGAACGUUACCGUGAAUGCUGAAUUCACCUCCAAUGGUGCUAGUACGGAUAGUGUUCUCAAGCAUGAGGCGCACUUUGUACUGAACGGCGUGAAAACGAAGGCUACCAUCACGCCGACCACAUGUGACAGUGCGGUGUGUCCGCUGCAGGGUGCGCUCGGUUUACUGUUUUCCGCUGAUAUCUACGUCAACCCGGAGCUGCCACCGAUUAACGGAAAGCUGCGCUGGGAGUUGAGAAACAAGCUGGGCGAUACCUUGCUCUGUUAUCAGCUGCCGGUGUGCAUCGUCUAGUCCCGUUAUGUGUGCCUGUGUGCUGUGUUAUCAAAGUGGUCAGCAUCAAUUCGAGCAGUCGGUCGGUAGGCGCAAAAAUCAAUGAUUUGCGGGGCGAUUCUAUGUUAGGCGAUGAUUAUGAUUCCGAAAGCACCUUUUAGUGCUAAUCAUUGAGAUUAAUAACGAGAUUUGAGUAGCUAAUUAAAUAAAUCAUAGUAUGAUGGGCAGCUACUAAUAAUAAAAAUAAAGCCCUAAUAAUAAACGAAACUAUGUGCCUA